AUGCUGAAGAACUAUCCAGUACGCAUUGCGUUCCAAGAGCUCCGUGGCAGGUCUUACGUGUAUGGCGGCCACACGUUCAACUAUUUGUUGGAUAAGGAUGGGACGCGGACGGGAGAGGUGCCCGCGUGGUGCCUGGACCUGAUCUUUUUGUGCAUCGCCGCGCUGGCCGCCGGUUCGGAGCAGGUCUUCCAGUUCCUCUCGGACUUCCGCAGAAGCUUCGAGAAGCAGUCGCGGACACUGAACGGCGCGAACAGGGGCGCGGAGCUUACUAGGAUGCUCCGCGACCUCAUCGCGUCCUACAACGAGGAGCGCUCUUCGAAGGUGAAGACCAUGGAGCAGGAGCUCGAGGAUGUCACCGAUAUGAUGCGUGACAACAUAAGCAAGGUCAUGGAGAGAGGUGAGCGAAUCGAGUCUCUCAUCGACAAGACAUCGGCGUUGAAGUCUGAGUCGGUGUCCUUUCGAGACAAAGCCAGACGACAUAACGAUGCUCUAUGGUGGAGGGACCAGCGAGGUCGUAUGAUCCUCGGCGUGUUUCUCCUCUGCUUAAUGGUGAUAGGCUUUUGGUACUGGCAGCACCACCGGCUGCCAGCGGCGCCCGCCCCGGAGUGA